CACACACACCCUGGGCUGAGCUCUUGCUGGCUGCAGCCGUGGGCCCCUGCUCACCGUGCCGCUGCCGCUGCCUGCGAAAUGACGGCGGUUCCCCUCACUUCCAGGAAUCCACGCUUCCUGGAAGGUGAGUGGCUGGGCUCACCCCUGCCUGCCACCGAGACGCAGACAUGCACACACCACCCGCACUCCCUCGCCGUUUCCAAGGCGGCGGCCGCGUUCGCACCCCAGGGUCUCACCGGCAAGGGAAGGAUAAUCUGGAGAGGGAUCCCUCAGGAGGGUGUGUUCCGGAUUUCUUGCCUCAGGCCCAAGACUCCAACCAUUUUAUAAUGGAAUCUUUAUUUUGUGAAAGUAGCGGGGACUCAUCUCUGGAGAAGGAAUUCCUCGGGGCCCCAGUGGGGCCCUCAGUGAGCAGCCCCAACAGCCAGCACUCUUCUCCCAGCCGCUCACUCAGUGCCAACUCCAUCAAGGUGGAGAUGUACAGCGAUGAGGAGUCGAGCAGAUUGCUCGGGCCGGAUGAGCGGCUCCUGGAAAAGGACGACAGUGUGAUCGUGGAAGACUCGUUGUCGGAGCCCCUGGGCUACUGUGAUGGAAGCGGGCCAGAGCCUCACUCCCCCGGUGGCAUCCGGCUGCCCAAUGGCAAGCUCAAAUGUGACGUCUGUGGCAUGGUCUGCAUCGGACCCAACGUGCUCAUGGUGCACAAGCGUAGCCACACGGGAGAAAGGCCCUUCCACUGCAACCAGUGCGGUGCCUCCUUCACCCAGAAGGGCAACCUGCUGCGCCACAUCAAGCUGCACUCUGGGGAGAAGCCCUUCAAGUGUCCCUUCUGCAGCUACGCGUGCCGCCGGCGUGACGCGCUCACAGGCCAUCUCCGCACACACUCGGUCUCCUCUCCCACGGUGGGCAAGCCCUACAAGUGUAACUACUGCGGCCGGAGCUACAAACAGCAGAGCACCCUGGAGGAGCACAAGGAGCGGUGCCACAACUACCUACAGAGUCUCAGCACUGAAGCCCAAGCUCUGGCUGGCCAGUCAGGUGAUGAGAUACGGGACCUGGAGAUGGUGCCAGACUCCAUGCUGCACUCAUCCUCUGAGAGGCCAACUUUCAUCGAUCGUCUGGCCAACAGCCUCACCAAACGCAAGCGUUCCACUCCCCAGAAGUUUGUAGGCGAAAAGCAGAUGCGCUUCAGCCUCUCGGACCUCCCCUAUGAUGUGAACUCGGGUGGCUAUGAGAAGGAUGUGGAGUUGGUGGCACACCACGGCCUGGAGCCUGGCUUUGGAGGUUCUCUGGCCUUUGUGGGGGCAGAACAUCUGCGUCCCCUCCGCCUUCCACCUACCAACUGCAUCUCAGAACUCACGCCCGUCAUCAGCUCUGUCUACACUCAGAUGCAGCCCCUCCCUGGUCGACUGGAGCUUCCAGGGUCCCGAGAAGCAGGUGAGGGACCCGAGGAUCUAGCUGAUGGAGGUCCCCUCCUCUACCGGGCCCGAGGCCCCCUGACUGACCCCGGGGCGUCCCCCAGCAAUGGCUGCCAGGACUCCACAGAUACAGAGAGCAACCACGAAGAUCGGGUUGGGGCGGUGGUUUCCCUCCCUCAGGGUCCCCCACCCCAGCCUCCUCCCACCAUUGUGGUGGGCCGGCCCAGUCCUGCCUACGCCAAAGAGGACCCCAAGCCACAGGAGGGGUUACUGCGGGGCACCCCAGGCCCCUCCAAGGAAGUGCUUCGGGUGGUGGGCGAGAGCGGUGAGCCGGUGAAGGCCUUCAAGUGUGAGCACUGCCGCAUCCUCUUCCUGGACCAUGUCAUGUUCACUAUCCACAUGGGCUGCCAUGGCUUCAGAGACCCUUUCGAGUGCAACAUCUGUGGCUACCACAGCCAGGACCGGUACGAGUUCUCUUCCCACAUCGUCCGGGGGGAGCACAAGGUGGGCUAGCGACCUAGUGUCCCCCCUCGGUCCACCACUCCACUGCCCUACCUACAGGAGUCUAGCCCUGUCCCCAUCACGUCCCAAGGAGUUGGGUUGUGUAGCCCCGCUACUGGCUACCUGACUUCACACUUGACGCUGACCCCUCCUCACCUGUGCUCCUCCUCUCCCCUGACUGAUCUAAGCAUUGUGAUGAAACAGGUCUUUUGCUUAUGUUUCUCCUUUUUCUCUUCUCCUCUCAUCCCACCAUACUCACUGACUUAUUUAUUAAUAUAAUUUGUUGAGUUUUCUUUUUCUUUUUUUUUUUAACUUAUAUCAGUCACUUACCACACCCCACUUCCUGCCCACAGUCCCCUUCUGCUUUAGGCCUAAUUUUUCUCUUUGAUCCAGCUUUCUCCAACGGCCCCAGGGGUAGGAAGCUCCUCUUAGUGCUAAGAGACCUUGAGCUUCUUGAUUUAAGUCCUCAUCUUUUACAUUAUCUGAUUCUUCAGUUUUGAUGCUGAUAGCUCCCUCUGGACCUACCUUAGCUCUGUGGCAUUAUAUCUCCUCUCUGGGACCCUUCAACCUGGUACUCCAUACCUCUUGUGCCCUCUCACUUUAGGCAGCUUGCACUACUCCUGAUCGAAUGAAGAAAUCCCUCAUUUGGAAGGAGAGGCCGAAGAAAUUCUCCCCAGGCACCAUGGGACUGAGGGUCCUCUUGACAUCCCCCUAGUGAUACGAGUUCCCCAAAGCCCACAUUCAGGAUCUGCCUCUAGGAUGUGAUAUCUCUCUCUUCUCUCCUCGAACUGCCCGUCUACUCCAUGGUGGUUUUUCUCUCCUUGGAGUGCCCCAAUUUUAUAUUCUCAGGGGCCAAGGCUAGGUCAGCAGUCCUCUGUCUCUGACACGUUUGGAGCCACAGGUGCCUAAAUGGGAACCAGGGAAGGGAAUGGGUCAAAAUUCUUCUCUUUCUCUCCCACCUCUCAAGCUUCUUCACUCUAGUGACCUUCCUGGGCUCUCAGGGUCUCCUGUGGUCCCUGUCCUAUGAGAAACUGGUGAGUUGCUGCCUGAUAACAAGGGGGUACCCUCAGCCCCCCGCGUCACGCUGCCUUCUUCUUCUCCCCCUAGCAGGAUUCACCCUCUCAUUCCCGGGCUCCUGGGCCCUGUUCUUAGGAUCAGUGGCAGGGAGAAAAGGCUGUCUCUUUUCUCUCUCCUAAUUUUCAGUAUAACCAAAAAUUAUCCCAGGAUGAGCAAGGGCAUGUGCCCCUCUCCCCAUUCCACUCUUGUCCCAGCAAGAAUGGGAUGGGCAUAACGGAACUGGGGGGUCAUCCUUUACUGCCCCCUCUACACUCAGCUCCCAGAUGUAGGGCAGGAGGGGGCACUCUCCUGGCUACUGCAGAGACCCCUGGCUAUUUGGGUAACCUAGUUAGUGAGAAGGGGGCAGGAGGAGAUACAGCUCCACUGCAACUGGAGAUCUCUUUCUACAAGAGUUCCCUGCCCAAGGCCACAGCCAUCCCAUUCUCUGCUUCCUUGAGAUUCAAACCAAAGCCUGUUUUUCUAUAUUUAAAGAUAAAAAAAGUAAAAACCAAACACAACACCUCACAAGUUGUAACACUUGGUCCUUCUCUCUCUCUCCCCCCCCCCUUUUCUCUUCCCUUCCAUCUUUCUUUCCACAUGUCCUUUCCUUAUUGGCUCUUUUGCCUCCUACUUUUCUCACUCCCUAUCAGGGAUAAUUUAGGGGGAUGGUAAAAGGUUGGCUAAGAAACAGACCCUGGGAUUGGGGCUCUUAAGGGCUCUAAGAGAGUCUACCUUACCCUAUUAUGGGAAGGGAGACCCUAAAAAACUUCUCUUCUUCCUCCUUUUCUCCCCCACUAUGUGGUCUCCCCAAGAGAACCAGAUUGUCAAGGAGGGGCACUGUGGGUUGACUGUUCCUCCUUGACAAUUUAGCAAUAAACAGAUGCUGCCAAGGGCAGAGGAUCGGGGAGUCAUCUGGGAGGAGAGUGGUCUCUGGAGAAGGGGAGAGUCUUCUUGAGAACACCCCAGGGAACUGGCUCCUUGUUUCAGAAUGGCAGCAGAGCUGACAUUAAUAUCUGGGGUUCCCCUCAACUGUUCUGGUUAUUGAGCCCCAUCCUGUUAGACCUGCCCUCACCAUCUCUUCUGCUGCUGUGUAUUUGGUGAUACCUCAUAAGGACUAGUCCCUUCUGGGGUAUCAGAGCCUUAGGGUGCCCUGUCCCCUCCCCCAGUCAGUUUUGGCACCUGUAACCUCCUGGAACAUGAAAGACUAUGCUCUGAGGCCAUACUCUGAGCCCAUGAGAGCAGAGACUGGAAGGGCAAGACCAGGUGCUAAGGAGGGGAGAGAAGGGCACUCUGUCUCUCUCCAGACCAUCACUGCACUUUAACCAGGGUCUUAGGUACAAAAUCCUACUUUCUAGAGCCUUCCAGCUCUGGAACCUCAAACAUCCUCAUGUUCUUUCCCAGCAGCCUUUUGCAUAAAAAAAAAAGUAAAGAAAAAG